GCUGCUGGGAGCUGUUCCAGCACCACUGGGUGAUAGGGACCUCGGCUCAGGCUAAGGAGACAAAAACGUUUCCAAAACAAGAGGGGUGCCAAGAUAGAAGUUCUUUGACUUUCAGAGCUGCACAAGGACAUAAAUAAUCACCUGCUUUGCACUGGGCAGAAGGAUGCCUAAACCUGGUGGUUGAUACGUGAGCAAAAGAGGUCAGCACAGGAAAAGUACGCAACAGAAGGGUAGAUGGUGGCUCCAGACUCCUCUCAACUCACAGAGCGAUCACUGGCUGGGAGGCCUCCCCCACUUCACGAUGGAUCCCCCAGGGCAAACAGGUGCCCUGCUGCCCCCGGAGCCCCUCACUCACCUCGGCCGGCUGGAGAGCGCGGAGGGGCGGCUGCGGAGCCGAGCGGAAGGCGGGCGGAGGACACCCCCGUGCUGCUGGUACAGAUCCAAUCCAGAUCAACUUGACCAUCUCCGGGAUGGAGUGCGUAGAUAUCUGCAGCUCCCAGCUGACCAGACUGUGCUUAUACUGCAUGCAAAAGUCGCACAGAAAUCAUACGGCAGUGAAAAAAGGUUUUUCUGCCCCCCACCUUGUGUUUAUCUGACUGGACCAGGUUGGAAACUGAAGCAGGAACAGAUAAAAGCGAGGGAUCUGGGAGAGGCUGGUUUCAGGGUGUGCGGGUACAUGGGGCUGGAUAGCAUGGGCAGCAGCCACAUGGAGACCCAGAAACUCAACUUUGAGGAGCAGCCGGACUCCAAGGAGUUCAGCUGUGCCAAAGCACUCUACAUCUCAGACACGGAGAAGAGGAAGCAUUUUCGGCUGGUUCUGAAGCUCUUCUUCAGCAAUGGGCAGGAGAUCGGCACUUUCUACAGCAAGCUGAUCAAAGUGAUUUCCAAACCCUCACAGAAGAAGCAGUCCCUGAAGAACACAGACUUGUGCAUCUCAUCUGGGUCCAAGGUUUCCCUCUUUAACCGCCUCCGCUCCCAGACGGUCAGCACCCGUUAUCUGUCCGUAGAGGGUGGCACCUUCAUCGCUAGCGCAAGGCAAUGGGCAGCAUUCACAUUGCACCUGGCGGAUGAGCACUGCACCCGGGGUGAGUUCCCACUGCGGGAAGGGUACAUUCGCUACGGCUCCGUAGUCCAGCUCAUCUGCACAGCCACCGGCGUUACCCUGCCGCCCCUGAUCAUUCGGAAAGUCACCAAGCAGUACGCCAUGCUGGAUGUGGAUGAGCCCAUCUCCCAGCUCCACAAGUGCGCUUUCCAGUUCCAGGGCAGUGACGGGAUGUACCUGUGUCUCUCGACCGAGAAAGUGAUCCAGUUCCAGGCGACUCCGUGCCCAAAGGAAGCAAACCGUGAGCUGCUGAACGAUGGCUCCUGCUGGACGAUAAUUGGAACGGAGACUGUGGAGUACACGUUCAGUGACAGCCUGGCCUGUAUUCAGGAUCCCGUGAGCCCAGUCCCACUUAUAACCAUGCUGGAGCUGACUGGCGGAGGGGACGUGGCGAUGCUGGAGGUGCAGGGCGAGUAUUUCCAUGCAGAUCUGAAAGUCUGGUUUGGAGAUGUGGAAGCUGAGACUAUGUACAGGACCCCCAAGUCCUUAGUGUGUGUUGUCCCUGACGUCUCGGCAUUUGGCAGCGACUGGCGAUGGCUGAGAUACCCCAUCACCGUCCCACUCUCACUCAUAAGGAACGAUGGGCUGAUCUACUCCAGCUCGUUCACAUUUACGUAUACCCCAGAGCAGAGCUUCCUCCCUGCCCUGCAGGUCCUUCCAGAGCUGACACAGGACUCCGAUACCUUACUCAACAGCAUCCAUCAGGAAUUCACUAGGACCAAUUUUCACCUCUUCAUGCAGAGCUAGCAAGCCUGGAAUGGUGGAGGAUCUUCAUAGAAACAGGGCUUGGAACAAGGUCUGUCAGCAUCCCUGAAACUGACAUUAACACUGAGAGAUGGGUACAAACAUCCCUGUGGUCUGUAGGAUCUGGGGUUAGCCCCCUCCCAAGUGCUCUACUGUGCAUAAAAUACCCCGUCUAUUCUUUUUAGAUUUGUUGAGAAUUGUUUCAGAAGGAAGCAUCACCCUGUGAAAUUUACUAACAAAAUGAACAAUACAUCCAUGCCUCAAGGAGUGUUUAACUGGUUCAAAUGAUCUUUUUACUAGACAUUUUGCAGAUGUCACGGUUUGGCUCUUUAGCUGGUGUAAAGUGGUGCCAUUGAUUUCAUGGCUUCAUAGAUCUUAAGGCCAGGAAGGUCUAUUGUGAUCACCUAGUCUGACCUCCAAGAGCUUUGCACCCAGUAAUUCCUGCACUGAGGCCAUUGAUUUCAGUGGAGCGAUAUUGAUUUAUGGCAGCUGAGAAGCUGAGCCCAAACGUGCUUUUAUUUGCAGCCCCUACUGGGGUUAUUUCUUUAAAAGUAGCACAGUCUGAGGUGCCCUUACUAGCCCUGUCAUCUCAUGCACACUUCAAUCUAUGCCUCAGUAGCAAGUUGCUGAGUUAAAGUUGCCUUAAGGAGAAUCCAUGUUUCACAGAACUGGAGCUCAGUGCUACACACAAGUGGGCUUUGAAGCUCUAUUUAGAGUCUUCAGAUCACCACGGCAUCAAAAGGCCUAUGGUAUAUUUUGAAACACGCUGUUUUGGCAGUUGAGGCUGAUUUAGAAGUGACUUAAUUGCCAAAGCCUCACUGGCUUUUAACCUACACUGAACUCUGGAAGGUUUACCAGGAGGCCUGGAAGAAGCAUGCUGCUGUCUCGUGAGCUACAGAAUCCUGGGCGGGCUUUGCAACAGAUGGCUCUUUCUUUUGCUCGUCUAAUUGCGGCGCUGCUGCUGGAGGAUCCUCCCGUUUACGCCUGUGUUUUGCGGGCACGUGCAGUCUUGUGGCUGGCGUGUUUUGGAUUAUGCUACACAGGUUACUUUAUUUCCAGUGGUUUGGGAGAUGGAUUUUCAUGUUUCUCAAGGUCCAAGUUCCAGGCCUGUCUAAGGGCAGCUCUUUUUUUUUUUUCUCCAAGAUGCUGGACCAAAUCCUGCUCUUGUCCAGACCUGCACAACCCCUGCUAACUCCACAGGAGCCCCUGCUCCAUGCUUUGGUUCUGUAGCCCAUCCUCGCCUCGUGCAGCAGAGCUCAUCCCGACACCAUGCAGCAAACACACUGGAGACCUUUGCCCUGUUGAUAUACGCUAUAGUCAUAAUCACUGAAAGACUUGCUUGGCCUGGCAUUGUUUUUGCCCCACCUCUGGGCAAAUCUGUGAUCGUGGCAUCCAGGCAGUGUGCCAUGGGUUGAUAGAACCCCAGAUCCAGCUGCUCUGCACCCCUCUGCUGGAACUGGCUCAAACUAGCCUGCUGGGGAAGAGGGAGGAAGGACACUCUUUGUCCCAUCUCCAUCACUAUCACCAGUACAUCUCAUUCACCUAUGCCUAGAAAUGGCUCUGAUGAGACAACAAGCAGGGGAGAGGUUGGGUCAGCAGCAGCAAGAAUCAAUUA